AUGAUACCAAACGAUAACAGAGAUUUGGAUUAUAUUAACACGUUCAAAUUUGCUUCUGUUGUUGCUACUGAGAUCACACAAAAGGAAUUAUAUGGUAGUAAAAUUCGAGUGACGAAUUAUGCAAGAUUAAAAACUUUUAGAAAAAGUAGUGAAAUUAGAAAAAGUAGUAUCAGUCCAGGCUUAGUAUCUACGGGAAUCAUAGAAGCCAAUAAUAUUACCUCAAAGACGGGGUCUGAAAUAAAUUUACCCGUAAUGGAUCCUGAUGAUGUUGCAAAUGCUAUUAUUUAUAUAAUUGGAACUCCGCAACGCAUUCAUAUUACUGAAUUAAUUAUUAGACCUUUUGGAGAAGUUAAAUAUGAGUGA